CAAAAUAGUUUUAACUUAAUUUUACUUGAACAAUACAAUCUUCCACUUUUCACCUACUAUAAUUAUAUUGCUUUUUUAUACAGUUUUUCGCAAAUUGAUAUUUCUUAAAUCAUUUUCGCUUCCCUUUACAGUGAUAAAAAUAUGCAAAGGAUUUUAAAAUGUCACUCUUUCUCUUUACUUUUGUAAAAGUCUGGCUCUGGUGAAAUAUGCCAAAGAUUACACCAAAAAUCCAGAAAUUCGCCGCACAUUCUCAAGAUGCGUUGGGCGCCGAGUACAAAGUUCACACAAAUUAGGCCCCUCUCCCUGAAAUCGAGACUAUCGAGAGCUCACCGGCGUCAGUGCGUAGGGUUUAUUAAGUGGACAAAGACGCGAGUCCAGCAACGAUGGUGAAGGCGGACUCUGAGUAUGCGAUUAUGAGUCCCAUUUUUGAAAAGUCCACCGUCGACUUGGAGGAGGACGACUACCCUCCGUACUGGCCACCGAACACUUGCCCUGUCAAGCCGUCCUCACGAUAUCUGGGCAAUCGCACCUUUGGCAUUGAUGUUUGGAACAGUACCAAAAUUCUAAUAGAAAAAAGGGUGUGCACAAGAGAAGUGGAAGUGGCGCUUCACCGCGAUGAAGGUGGCAAUUUAGGAUUCUCCUUGCGAGAUGUUGGACAAAAAUCAAACGACGCCGCCGGAAAUAAGGCUCUUGUGAUCACCAGGGUCAAGCCAGGUGGACCAGCAUACAGGUCAGGAUGCAUUCGAGUUGGCGACCGGUUGCUGGCUGUCGAGGGAGUCUCCUUGCUUGGCUUGAGCCUCCAAAGGGCUCAUGAAAUCCUGCGGGCCAAAAGCAACUGUUCCCUGACCAAACUGACCUUGCAAAUUGACGUCGUUCAGCCCACGAGGACCCUGAAUAGGAAAGGCCCUUUCCUAAUAGAGCUGCACAAAACUGGAGGUGACCCUUCGAUGGGCAUUUCCAUGACCAAUGACAAGGGGAUCGUUGUAGCUGCAAUUCAACCAGGCAGUGUUGCCUAUCGGAGCCGCUCACUUGAAGUUGGAGACCAGAUAGUUGCUGUGAAUGGGUGCGUGGUCACAUCCCAGACAGAAGUACUGCAUUUGAUCGGGAUCAGUCCGGCCUUAUUUCAAAUGGAGAUUUCGGCUGGCCGAAGGGACGGGUCUGCGAAAAGCUUGAAGCCCCCCAGCAGCCCCACCACCAGCAGUUACCGCUUGGGUGGAUCGACGUCCACCCUAUCCAGCAACAUGAGCACCCUCAAGUCCCACAAAUUCUGCAAAUCCGAAUCCACGUCGACGCUGCACGAAAGAAGCUUCCGGAGCCGCAGCCACAGCCAAAACAGCGUCAGCCACUGCGAGACCUUGGCCGUCACUUUGCACACUGCCACAAGAGGAAGUGGAAUCACCUUGGAGGGCUCCUGGCCUCCAGUCAUUGCAGACAUUGAGCCUGGCAGUCCUGCAGAUCUGUGCGGAUGUCUGCAGCCAGGAGACAGAAUUCUCAUCAUCAACCAAACGCGCUGUGAUUGCCUGGCUGGUGCCGAAGCGUCCAUUCUUCUCUCUCAGAGCUCUCCGAUUUUAAAGUUACAUGUUCAGUUUGAUGUGUUAGAAGCCGUCGUGCCGUCCAGUGGAGUGUUUUACGUUAAGCUAGCCAGAAAUGGCACUACCGAUCUCGGAAUUUCCGUCUCCCCAAUGAAGAUGCCAGGAAAUGCCCCAAUUAUUUCCAAAAUCAGAAGGGGGUCUGUUGCGCACCGCUCUGGUGCUCUUCAAUGCGGUGACCAGCUGCUGGAAAUUUGUGGUGCUCGACCUGGCACUCAAGAGGACGUUAUCAGAGUCCUGCAGCUCGUCACUCAACACGAAAUUAUUUCAUUGAAGGUGCUCAAGUGUGUCAGAGCCAGAGGCAGCUACGCAAAUAAUACGAUCGACAAAAAUGUUCACACAGUGGACCUGGUCAGGAUGGGUGGCCCAUUGGGCUUGACAAUUUCUGGUGCUGAGCAGAGAGACAUGCCCAUUACCAUUUCAGCACUCAAGUCAGGUGGCCUUGCUGAGUCGACUGGUGCUCUGAAUGUGGGUGACCAGCUCCUGUCCAUCAACGGCUACACCCUGAAUGGCUGCAAACUGUCGGAAGUUUAUGAUAUUCUGCAGAACUCCAAAGACACAGUCACGUUGCAGGUUGCCCGCUCCGAGAUAUCAUCCCCAUCAGCUUCCUUUGGAACCUUUGGUAUUGGCACUGGUACGACCAACUCUUGGAAAAGUUCCACCGAAAGUGACCUGUCCACUGAAUGCAUGGACCAAUCUGAGGAUGGAGAGUGCCUCGCAACCAGUUUAAGAGAAGCGCAGAUUGAAGUGAUGACCAAAUUGGUAUUGAAUGGAUCGCAGAAUUCGGUUGCCACAAGUUGCCUGUCAGAUAUCCAGAAGGUGUCCUUGUACAAAGACAACGUCUAUGAGGACUUUGGCUUCAGCGUGUCAGACGGUCUGUAUGAGAGAGGGGUGUACGUCAACAUGAUAAGGAAGGGUGGUCCUGCAGACAAGAUUCUCGAACAAUAUGAUCGGAUCCUACAGGUGAAUAACACACCCACACAAGAUUUUGACUGCUGCUUGACGGUGCCUAUCAUCGCAGCUGCUGGUGAAAAAAUAGACCUGGUAAUAGCUCGCAACCCCUUCGCCAUGGUGGCUAGCCAGCAACAAAUAGAAGACAAAGAGUGGGUUGCUGACAAAAUUGAUUCAGGUCCUUAAGUGCCUUGAAGAGACAAAACUAAAUGUAUACUGCGACUGUAACUUUUUUAAUAUACUUUCAGUAUCCUGUGAAUUUACUAAAAAAAAAUUGUUUAA